GAUAGUGUUUGGUUUAGUUUAUCGUUUUAUACUCUCUCGAUUGACUUCUAACAAACAACCCUCCUUCCUGCCAUCUUUUUUUUUUCACUUUAGCCCCGUCCCUCAUCUCUCUCGUCUAUCCAGUACUCCUGAUGAGUGAUGGCUGGCGCGGGAGGUAAUCCAGAUACUUUCACUGGCCUGGUCUCUAUGACCAUCCUAGAGGCGCAGAACCUCAAAUCAGUCACCCUUCCCGGGGGCCACAAGCUCUCUAACAAGGACUUUGAUCCAUACUGCGUCGUGGAUUUCGACGACAUUUAUUUUGGCAAAACGACCCACAAGACCAACACGUACUGUCCCGUUUGGAACGAGCUGGUCGAAGAGCCUGUAGAGGAUGCUUCUAGGAUGCAAAUAGCCUUGUUUCAUGCCUCGACGAUACCCCCCAACCCUUUCAUUGCACACGUACAAGUUCCUGUCUCUGAAAUCAGGCUCACAAAGGAAGAUGAGUUUACUCUUGAGUUGGAGCCAGAAGGUUCAAUUCGCUUUCGUAUUCAGUUCCAAGAGAAAUGGGGAAGUUUAGCAAAGAAAGAGUUUCAUGUUCGUAGUCAGGUAAUCAAGGGCCAUCGUGGAGCAGUGAGGAGAAAGAUUCAUAUUGUGAAUGCUCACAAAUUUAUGGCAACUUAUCUGAGGCAGUUUACAUUUUGUGCUCACUGCAGGGACUUCAUUUGGGGUCUGGUCAACAAGCAAGGCUAUCAAUGUCAAGUUUGUUCUAUGGUCGUCCACAAGAGAUGUCACAAAUCGAUAAUCACGCCAUGUACUGGCCGGAAAAUCACCGAGGAUGAGGACACUGCUAAGGCUUCGGCUCGUUUUAGCAUAAAUGUUCCUCAUCGGUUUAAAGUCCAUAACUACAAAAGACCAACCUUCUGUUCACAUUGUGGUUCGUUACUAUGGGGAUUAUAUAGGCAAGGACUGAAAUGUGAAGCUUGUGCUAUUAAUGUACAUCAAAGAUGUGAGCAGUUUGUUGCCCAUAGCUGUGGCAUAGAUCAAGUCUCACUGGCCAAGAUGAUGUCACAGAUGGGUGUCUCUGCCGAUCAGCUUAGCUUAUCCGGAUCUAAAAGAAAAUCCGUAACUUCUGUGAAAUCGGAGGAGAACGGUCCCUUGAAACCUCCCGAUAUUCCUGCCCCUGUUCGUCAGAUUAAAGCCCCAGAGCCUGCAGCCUUGCAGAAAGUUGUCACUCUAGAUGAUUUUAAAUUCCUCAAAGUCCUCGGUAAAGGCUCCUUUGGGAAAGUUCUGUUAGCUGAAAUGAAGAACAGUGAUCGUGUGUAUGCCAUUAAAGUGUUGCGUAAAGACGUGAUACAAGAUGAUGACAUUGAGUGUGUGCUGACAGAGAAGAGAGUGCUGGCAUUAGCUUGUAGACAUCCUUACUUAACUUCCAUGCACUCUUGUUUCCAGACAGAGGAGAGGUUAUUCUUUGUCAUGGAGUAUGUUAACGGGGGCGAUCUCAUGUUCCAAAUUCAGAGAGUCAGGAAAUUCGAUGAAGACAGAGCAAGGUUUUAUUCGGCUGAGAUCAUUCUUGCUCUGCUGUUUCUUCACAACGUGGGUAUUAUAUACAGAGAUCUUAAACUCGAUAAUGUUCUUCUUGAUUCUGAUGGUCACGUUAAAGUUGCUGAUUUUGGAAUGUGUAAAGAGAAUAUUAAAGAUGGCCGCCUCACCUCAACUUUCUGUGGAACUCCUGACUACAUUGCUCCAGAAAUACUAGAAGAGAAGGAUUACGGUUCCUCUGUGGACUGGUGGGCUCUGGGUAUCCUCAUGUAUGAGAUGAUGGCCGGACAGCCUCCGUUUGAGGCUGACAAUGAGGACGAGUUGUUUGAAGCGAUUAGAAAUGACGAGGUCCUUUAUCCAGUCUGGUUGAGUCGAGAGGCCAACUCCAUAUUAAGAGGGUUUUUAACAAAGAACCCAGCAAGGAGAUUAGGAUGUCAGCCUGGUAUAGGCGAGAGACAGAUUAAGAUUCACGCCUUCUUUAGGACCAUUGACUGGGAGAAACUAGAGAAGAGACAAAUACCACCUCCUUUUAAACCACAAGUGCGUGGCAAACGUGAUUUUAGUAAUUUCGAUGCUGACUUUAUAACGGAAGAACCAAGACUCACUCCAAUAGAAUCAUCAGCUUUAGAUAACAUCUCUCAAACUGAAUUUAAAGAUUUCACAUACACAAACGCCGAGUUUGUCGCAUAGCAGAGUAGGAGCCUCUUACCUUAUAUAGAGUACUGUAUGUGGGUGUGGCUUUGAGUAUACAUACCACUAAUAAAAAUUAUUGUUAACUUUUGAUCAACGCAUAUCAAGAAUAUUGUUAUUAUUAUUAUUAUUCAUUUCUUUAAAUUUAUUAAUAGUUAUUAUUUGCUUUUGCUGUGUCUUUCUAGCCCCUCCCUCUCUUUAAUUCUCAUUAUGAAGUGAAAAAACUACACCUGAGCUUUAAUGUGUACUAUUAUUAUUAUUAUUAUUAUUGUUAUUAUUAAUGAAUAAUCACAUCAUGAUAAAUGUAUGAAUUUUAGAAUAAAAAUUUUAAUAAAAA